AUGAAGUCUAUUCUUUUAAAAGAAUUUGGAGGAGUUGAAAAUUUAAUUAUAGGAGAAACAGAAAAACCAAAAUUAAAAAAUGAUGAACUAUUAAUCCAAGUAAAAUGUUAUGCUCUUAAUAGAGCAGAUAUUAUUCAACGUAAUGGUAAGUAUCCUCCACCACCAGGCGAUUCAGAAAUUUUAGGUUUAGAAAUUUCAGGUAUUGUCGUUGAAGAAACUCAAACAAAUGAAAAGAAAUUCAAGGUAGGUGAUAGAGUAUUCGGGUUGGUUGGGGGCGGUGCCUAUGGUGAAUAUUGCAGCAUUGCAGCCAAUCAAGCACUUCAUAUUCCAGAGCAUCUUAGUUUUGAACAAGCAGCAUCAAUACCAGAAGCAUGGUUAACAGCAUAUCAAGCAUUACAUUUACUAUCAAAUUUUAAAAAAGACGAAUCUGUAUUGAUUCAUGCCUCUGCCAGUGGUGUAGGUACAGCAUUAAUCCAAUUGUGCAAGCUUGCAGGAAUAACCACUAUUAUCGGAACCGUUGGAAGCGAAGAUAAAGGUCAAUUCAUUAAACAACUUGGUGCAACACAUGCUAUUAAUUAUAAAACUCAAGAUCCUUUCUUACCUGUAGUAUUGGAUAUCACCUCCAAUAAGGGUGUUAAUGUCGUAUUUGACUAUGUAGGCCAACAAUACUGGAAUCAAAAUUUAAAGGCACUUCAAUUAGAUGGGACAAUGAUCAUUCAAGGUUUUCUAUCUGGAGCCAUUGUCACUCCUGGUGACAUCCAACCCAUCCUUAGCAAGCGUCUAACAAUCAAAGGUAGUACUUUAAGAAAUCGUGAUAAUCAAUAUAAAGGUAAUCUCGUUUCUGAAUUCGCAAAGCUCCUUCCCCAAUUUGAAUCUGGCCAAUUAAAGCCAAUCAUCGAUUCGGUAUUUGAUUAUACUGAAAUCCAAAAGGCUCAUAAGUAUUUAGAAUCAAAUCAAAAUAAAGGAAAAGUUGUAAUUAAAAGUUUUAAUUAUUAA